CAUACAUGGGCUACCCAAAUGUUGAGCUGCUCGGUUUCCGCGUCGACGGCCUUGGUCUCACCACCACCAAGGACCGAGUUGAGGCCUUCAAGAAGCUCAAGUUUCCAGCCAGACUGAAGGAUUUAGAGACAUAUAUCGGGAGUGUCACGGUCGGCGCCCAGCUGCACUGAACCCCGCCAUGACGCUACCUGGCACUAUCCCCAAUCGGGACUGGGGACCUGAUGGGGCGCAAUUGGCACAACCACCACUUCCCUGAGCCCGGGAUCACACCUUUGUAGAAUUUCUUCCUUUCUUUUCCUUAUCUUAGAAUCCUUAGACAAUGGUAUAGCAAUACUAGCGACCUUCUUCCUAGUUGCUGUGGACCGCCGUCACAG